AUGAAAAGUCGAAAUUUGUUACUUUUUAUUGCUAGUGCAUUAUCAGUCGUUAGCGCAGCAUAUGUGAAGCACCCGAAAUAUAGACUUGCAAAACAAUCCGCCAAGCAUGUUAUACCCGGACGUUAUUUAGUCGAAUACAAUAGAGCUCACAACAAUGAUGAUGGCGAUUUUGUUGCUAUUUUACAGUCAUUUGAUGCUACGAUAAGCGAACCUUUAUACCAUAGUAAUAGUAACAGUGUACAUUCUGUUCAUAUGAAUAGCGGAGACCACGAAAACUUUUUACAAACGCUUGUUGAUCACCAAGAUAUUGUUACUGUCUAUCCAGUCACCUAUAUUGCUCGACCUGAAUCCACUUACAAUGCUUAUUUCAGUCAAAUUGACCCCAAUAUCACUCAAACAGUACAAGAUCAUCACUCAACACAAGUAGAACGAAUUCAUAAAGAACUUGGUCUUUCUGGAAAAGACAUUAAAGUCUGUAUCAUUGAUACGGGCGUAGACUAUCUUCACCCUGCCCUGGGUGGAGGAUUUGGACCUGGCUAUAAAAUAGCUUUUGGUGCUGAUUUGGUCGGUGAUCAUUUUGAACCUCACUCAUCAAACAAUACUUUACCUGACCCAGAUACCCCACCUCUUGAUAACUGUACAAAACAAAGUGACAACGCAAAUGGACAUGGCACGCAUGUUGCUGGUAUCAUUAUUGGUAAUGAUACAUCUAAAGGUUUUGUUGGUGUUGCACCAAAUGCUUCUCUUGGCGUUUGGCGAGUCUUUGGCUGCAAUGAAGGCACUACUUCGGAGAUUGUUAUGAAAGCUAUGAUUGAAGCACAAAAAGCAAAAUGCGAUGUAAUUAACAUGAGUAUGGGAAGUGGUGGUGCUCCUUGGUCAGAAGAACCUCAUGCAGCUUUUGCUCAACAGCUAGUAAAACAAGGCAUUUCUGUGAUUAUUUCAAAUGGCAAUGCUGGAAGAAAUGGUGCUUUUUCGGUCACAGAUCCUGCAGCUGCACAUGAUGCUCUAUCCAUUGCAGCUGUCAGUAACGCAAACUUUUUAGGAAGUUUGUUUUCUGUCAAGACAUCUAACAAGACACUAGGCCCUUACUCUUAUCAAGUUGCCCCUGAAUCCGACAAGGAAAUUCCAGAUGCAAGCGUUGUAAUAGGUGGUAAUUUUGAGUCUUUAUCAGCGUGUAAAGCAGAUGAUAUCAGUGCACUUGAUCUCAAUGGCAAAAUAGCUCUUGUAAAGCAAGGUUCGUGUAUGAUGACAGAACAAGCCAAACUUGUAGCAGAAAAAGGUGCCAUUGGCCUUAUUUACUUUAAUACCCUUUCUCGAGAGAUUCCUCGGGCUCCUUAUUUGGAUACACCAAUCCCUAUUGCUACCAUUUCUUCUGCCAGUGGUCGUCAACUCAUGUCUGUUCUUCAUGACGAAAGGGCAGUGGAUAUCCAUUUUGAACGAAAUGCUUUCGCUUUUGAAUCAGCCACAGCCCAUACAAUUGCUGAUUUUUCAAGUAUUGGUCCCACCAAUGAACUGCAUAUGAAGCCCUCCAUUGCUGCUGUAGGGGGUAAUGUAUAUUCGACUUUGCCUCGUUAUCUUGGUGGAUGGGGUGAAAAGAGCGGUACUUCCAUGUCUUCUCCUUACAUUGCUGGUGUGGUUGCUUUAUUAAAAGAAGCAUCUCAAGGCCAAAACGUUUCCAUUAUACAUGACAAAAUACAGAAUUAUGGUAAGCCACUGGAUGCAUACAAGCAAAAAGGCAUACUUGACUCUCCUCUUCGUCAAGGUGCUGGCCUAGUUCAAGCCUAUGAUGCUCUUAAAGAACCUCUACAUGUAUCACCAGCACAUAUUAGUUUUAAUGAUACUUCUUUGGAUAUUUAUAAAUCACACACACUUCAAAUCACCAAUACUGGUUCUGAGUCUGUUGCAUACAGUAUUACGAGUCAGAUAGCAGCCUCUGUUUCUCCCUAUGGUCACAACAAUACCAAGUUUGAAUUAGUUUCUUAUGACAGCGAUAAAUUCUACACAAACACAACAACUGCUACUGUCAAACUCAGUGCUAGCACAAUUUCAUUGCAACCAGGAGAAUCGAAGCAGAUUACUGUUUCUGUUCAGUUACCAACAGAUUUUAAUGAAAACGAACAAGUCAUGUAUGGCGGUUUUGUUCAAUUCAAUCCUACAUCUGGAAAUGCAAAUGCUUCUGUCCAUGUACCUUAUUUUGGUGUACUUGGCAGUCUUUAUCGACUUCCAACAUUAGAUACAUCCAAACUAAACAUCAAAGACCAACAAGGCCAUGUCUAUUCUAACAAAGAGACCUAUCAUUUCAUACUUUCUGACAAUACAACGGCACCUUUGAUUGAUUUCCGAUUAACAACGCCUUCUCGUCAAUUGAUGAUUGAUGUGAUUGACAAACAAGAGGCCCAUGUUGGCUAUAUCGUGGCUAGCUAUGAUUAUGCAGAACGGUCUUUAAAUGCAUUUUCUAUUCCAGAACUCAAUCCCUGGAAAGGUCAACUAUUUAAAGAUGACCAGAUCAAUGCUGUGCCUCUUAUGAUUCAGCCAGGUACAUAUCAAAUUCGAUGGUCUGCGUUACGUAUGUUUGGUGAUAUCAAGAAGAAAGACGACUGGAUGAUUCAAACUUCAGGUCCCAUCGAAAUUACACAAUAA